AAGAAAGAUGGCUAAAAGACUUUUGAGUCUUAGAAAGACAAUUUUGUUCUCAAACACAUGUUCGCUUUCAGUUGAUAAUCAAUGAUUUAGCUCAAAAGUGAAAACCAAUUUUCAGCAUCAACAUGUGUAGAAAAAAAUCACUCUUAUGUUUCCUCCAAAUAUUCAUGCUAGUUGCUGUGAUACUACUUCAUCAUCAAACAUGUGAUGCAACAAUUACUAAUAACCAAACAUCCUGCCCACCUUCCUCAUGCGGCAAAAUCAAAAACAUAAAACAUCCUUUUCGACUUCAGAAUGACCCAGCAACCUGCGGUGAUCCGAGGUACGAGUUAUCCUGCGAAAACAACAUCACAACCUUAACUUUGUUUUCCGGUAAAUACCAUGUGAAAUCAAUCGACUACAAAAACUACACAGUUCGGUUAGUUGAUCCCGGAAUUGAAGAGGGUGAUUGCUCCUCUAUUCCUCGCUAUUACUUUUACACUUCUAAUUUCACAAGUUAUUACAAUUAUGGCUACCAGGAGGAUCCAUAUCAAGUUUCCCAACCAAGAAUAAUUUCUGGAGAUGAUAUUUAUCUUGAUACUGUAUCAUUACCAAUGUUCCAGCACGUAAUUUACAUGAAUUGUAGAAAUCCUGUACGGGAUGAUCCAGUGUAUUCGGAUACAGUUUCUUGCAUCAGGUCACAGUCUUCUCAAGGUGGUUAUGUUUACGCAGUUGCUGGGGAUUUGAAGGUUAGCAACUUCAAAUAUGAUGACUGUCAUGUGGAGUUUGUUACUGCUAUCUCUUUUUUCGGCUAUAAUAAUAGUGGAGCCGGUGGAUGGGACAUUCCGAAUCGAAAGUAUUCGUACAAUGAAAUUCAUGAGAUGUUGGUGGGUGGAUUUGAGGUUUCUUGGAUGAAUUUUGCUUGUGAAAAUGUUUGUGGAGAUCCAUUUUGCUAUUUGAGUGAAACCACUUGGAGUAUUGAAUGCAACGAUCCGGCUGAUCCAUGUGUAACCACGUUGGGAUUUCAUGUUGCUUGUGACAAAGGACCUCCAUCAAAGCUUCGAAUGUUUGUAGAAGGUAUUCUAUAUGGCAUUGCUCGAGGACUACUACAUGCAAUAGGUGUUAGAAUAUACGAUGGGGCUGAAGGAAUUCCUGAAUCCGAACUUGGUAUUGAAAUAGGAAAAAUCAUUGGAAGGUAUAUUUUGUCUUCAUAUAUUAUCAUUAGAUUUAUGUUAGGUAUCAUGGUUUUCUUUAUCAAAAUGAUACACACAUAUCGAACAAGACAUGCAUCAAUAUAUGAAAACAUUGAAGAUUUUCUUCAAGGGAAUCCCCUCGUGCCAAUAAGGUACUCAUACAAAGAGAUAAAGAAUAUGACUCAAAAUUUUAAGGACAAGUUGGGAGAAGGAGGCUAUGGCAAGGUUUAUAAGGGAAGACUACGCAGUGGACCUUUAGUAGCUAUAAAGAUGUUGGGAAAAUCUAAGGGUAAUGGAAAUGGACAAGAUUUCAUUAGUGAAGUUGCGACCAUAGGAAGAAUACAUCACACAAAUGUGGUGCGACUUAUUGGAUUUUGUGUUGAAGGAUCAAAACGUGCUCUUGUUUAUGAUUUCAUGCCUAAUGGCUCGCUUGAUAAAUACAUUUCAUCUAGAGAAGAUCAUGUUUCCUUAACAUAUAAGCAAAUGUACGAGAUAUCUCUUGGAGUGGCUCGUGGAAUUGCUUAUUUACAUCAGGGUUGUGACAUGCAAAUUUUACAUUUUGAUAUUAAGCCACAUAACAUACUUCUUGACAACGAUUUUAUCGCCAAGGUUUCGGACUUUGGUCUUGCAAAACUUUACCCGAUUGACAAUAGCAUUGUAACCCUAACUGCAGCUAGAGGAACAAUUGGUUACAUGGCUCCAGAACUGUUCUACAAAAAUAUUGGCGGAGUUUCCUAUAAGGCCGAUGUGUACAGCUUUGGAAUGUUAUUAAUGGAAAUAGCGAAUAAGAGAAGAAAUUUGAACUCAAAUGCCGAUGAUUCGAGCCAAAUUUUCUUCCCCUAUUGGAUUUACAAUGAAUUAGUUGAAGAAAGGGAGAUAGAAAUAUUGGGAGAAGCUACCGAUGAGGAAAAGAAAAAUGUGAAAAAGAUGUUCAUAAUUGCUCUUUGGUGUAUACAAUUGAAUCCUAAUGAUCGUCCUUCAAUGGACAGAGUAAUAGAUAUGCUCGAAGGAGAUAUUAAAGACAUUAAAAUUCCUCCAAAAUAUGAUGCAUAUCCAAUUGAAAUGAUUCAAGAUGAUGUAACUAGCUUUAGUGAAUCUAUAGAAGAUCCUUUACUUUAGUACUACACUUUUGAUGAUAAUAAGUAUUAGUGUUCACUUUUUUAGUUUUAUUAAGCAUUUAAAUUUUACAUAACAAGUAAAAAAUAAGUGGUAUACUUAUGUGUUAUUUUUUCAUUUCUUGUCACUUCUAUUUGUGAACACAACCAAUUUAGUAUUGUUUUUAAUUUAUACUUUUAGUCU